AUGUUUUCUGCUUAUGCCAGGUUUAUUGUUCGCUACUCUUACUUUUUCCUUUUUAUUAUAAUAGUAAUAUCGACAGUCCUGACAGUUAUUCCUCUAGUAUGUCACGAGAUACCUUCCUUUUCCGAUCCAGUGGUUGGUUUUGAAACAAGAGGGACUACAUUAGCCCACCGAUUUAUUGCUUGGGAAAAUCUUAACGAUGAAACAAGACCGUCUAAAAGACUAGCAGUUAAUCCUAAGGAAAUAGAAGAUCAAAUCCGAAUGAAUGAAACCUACAACAAGACAAAACAGGACAAAUCAAGAUCUGGUAAAAAACAUCAGAAAAAGAAACACAAAAAGAAGUUGCACAAUAACACUGGAUUUGCGAAAACAUUGUUUAAUUCUCCAGAGUUCAAUGCUAGCAAGGGCCAUGUCCAUUGGGGCUAUGGUAAAAAUGUUUCCUUUGAAGAUGAAAAUACAGUUUUUCUAAAAGAUCACACUAGAAACCAGUGGAAAUCUAUACUUAAAAUGCAACAAUCUCCGGGAAGUGUAGUAUUUCAUAAUUAUGCCUCCGGUGUGUGUGGGGCACCUGUUGCUGAUUAUGCACAUUUGGUUGUAUCUUCUACAGAUGGAAAAUCAAUGCUCUCUUUCGAGAAUGUUAAAAGAAUGUGUCAAUUGCAGUCCCUGCUCAUCGAAAUGGGUGAAGAAGAGUUCUACAACUUGUGCCAACGACCAUUACAUUCAGAAGAACUCUGCUGUCCUAUAUGGAGUGUGCCAAAUUAUAUAGCUUUAAUAUCUGGUAAGGAUUCAUGCGAAAAUAUUACAAACAGCGAUGUUGAUAAAGUUGUGAAUAUUCUAUUAAAAUGUUCAGGUUACUUUCAUAACUUUACUUUGAUGGCGUCAUGCGAAUUAGGUAGAUGCAGGGUACCAAGCUACUGUUCACAGUAUGAUGCUGUAUAUAACUUACUAUUUUAUAUUAUAGAUUCCAAAGCAUUUUCUCCUCCAACAUUCUCGGAAACAUUUGUCGAGAAUGUUAUGAUUUUUCUUCCAUUACCCAGCAGUGGUACAACCAUAUCUUACUAUAUGAAAUUACAAAACUUUGAUUGGUCCUUUGAAACUCUUGUGGUACCCGCAAUCGACUUUGGUUUAAAAAAUGCUUUAUUUGACUUAUGGAUAAUAGAAGACACUUGGCUGAUGGGCCUCGGAGGCCUUUUUGUAUUUGUUUGCAUUUGGAUUUAUACCAAAUCUCUACUUCUUACAAUCUUGUUGUUUACUGCAAUUACAUACUCCCUGGGAGUUGCAUAUUUUCUUUACAUAUAUAUCUUUAACUUGGAAUUUUUUCCAUUUAUGAAUUUAUUAGUAAUAGUUGUUGUGAUUGGUAUUGGGGCUGAUGACGCUUUCCUUUAUGUAAAAGUUUGGAAUAUGAUCAGCAAGCAGCUUAUUAAAGAUAAUAUUGUGUGUGACAAUGACGAUCUAGAAAAUAUUAAAAAUGUAUCUAGUGCUGGCGAGACUAUUCUUGUACAAAUAUUAUCGGAAACUUUAAAGCAUUCCAUUCUUGCAAUAUUCAUCACAACCUUGACAACUGCUAUUGCAUUUUAUGCUUCAUAUAUCAGUUACAUUCCUGCUAUUAACUGUUUCAGUGUUUUUGCUGGGACGGCAGUAUUAGUCAACUUUUUUCUUAUGGUCACUUGGCUGCCAGUAUCGGUAUAUAUAUUAGAUGUAAAAUUAUGUAUUAAUAGAUGGACAUUGUUAGGUGCAAUUAGUGAUGCUGUUAAUGAGAUUGGUGAGGAUAUCAAAGUUAUAUUAAAUAGAUUUAUAAUAACUUGUAUAAUGAGGUUGCAUAUAUGUUUUGUAGUGAUUUUGGGUGCUAUAGGAAUCGGCAGUAUUGUAGUCGUUUUUUACUAUCCUGGACUUCAACUUCCUGACUCUAAACAGUUUCAAUUGUUUCAAUCUUCACAUCCUUUUGAACAAUAUGAUAUUCACUACAAAGAAAAGUUUUUAUUUGAAAGAUUUGGCCAUAAUACGGAAGUCGGAGCGAAAAUGCCUCUGAGAUGGAUUUGGGGUGUCCAGGCUAUUGACAAUGGAGAUCACAUGAAUCCCUUCUCAAAAGGAGAACUCGUUUUCGACACAAGUUUCAACAUUUCUGAUCCAAAUUCACAAAAAUGGUUGUUAGAGUUCUGUACUAAAAUAAAGAGACAGACCUUUUAUCAGCAAACUUUGGGACCUCUUUUGCCAAAUUGUUUUAUUGAAAGUUUCAAAGCAUAUAUGAGUAGGAGGUGCAUAGAUAACAUCGACAAAAUUAAUAGAUCGCCAUGCUGCGAAUCAUCCCGAUUUCCUUACGAUAAAGAAGUUUUCAACUUUUGCAUCAUAAAAGCUAUGGAGUCGUUAUACCAAACACCUCGCGAAUUGUUCAUGCCUGGUGUCGCCGGCCCUAAAUUCUUGAGACGUUCAAAUCCCCCCACAAUUGCCGCUGUUGUCGUAGAAUUUGAAAGUGUCGUACCAUAUUCGAUGUCGUAUAAGGAGAUGGAUGAUUUUUAUCUUCAAGUCGAGAACUGGACAGUUCAAGAAUUGCAAAAUGCUCCUGAGGGAAUGAAGGGUGGAUGGUUUCUCUCUGAUCUUCAAUUCUAUGACUUACAAAACACCUUAGCAAGUGGUACUGUAGUAGCUCUACUGUUGUCAGCUGGAUUAGGCUUCAUGGUACUUGUUCCGUCUACGUUCAGUUUUAUAGUCAGCUCCUGUGCUCUAUUGGCCAUGAUAUUUUCGUCGACUGUUACUAUAGCCAUAUUAGUGUUAAACGAUUGGAAGCUGAAUAUAUUAGAAAGUAUAGCAAUAUCGACAUCAGCAGGGUUAGCUGUAGAUUUUAGUCUGCAUUAUGCAUUAAGUUAUACAAACUCUAAUGGACCUAAAUCCACUAGAGUUAAAUUCGCUCUUUCGGCAUCAUCAGGUCCCACUGCAGCCGCUGCCCUCACGACAGGUUUUGCUGGUAUAUUUUUAAUACGUUCGAAUCUUCUCCCCUAUUCACAAAUAGGGACGUUCCUUGCAUUAAUCAUGUCAGUUAGUUGGAUUUAUUCGACAUUUUUUCUAUGUGCUCUAUUGUAUUUAUUCGGGAGGAAUUCUGCUAAGGAAACUCCUGUAGAAGAAAGCAAAUCUAUUUCACGUGUAAGUUCAAUAUGUUCUGCUGUUCCAAAUCUGGAAAGUCACGAGUUAGAGCAUUUAGCAGACAGCAAUCGUACAAAUAUAACACUCUCCCAUAGUACUAGCGUUAGUGCAACGACAGUGGUCAUCCACGACGAUGCUGACAAUACGCUAGCUAAACCUGAGAAGAGACCUAGUGUUGAUAUAAUUAAUGACUGA